UCUAAACUGCUCGAGUCGAGUCGAGUCGAGUCUCUAAACUGCUCGAGUCGAGUCGAGUCUCUAAACUGCUCGAGUCGAGUCGAGUCGAGUCUCUAAACUGCUCGAGUCGAGUCGAGUCGAGUCUCUAAACUGCUCGAGUCGAGUCGAGUCUCUAAACUGCUCCGAGUUGAGUCGAGACUCUAAACUGCUCUGAGUUGAGUCGAGACUCUAAACUGCUCGAGUCGAGUCGAGUCGAGUCUCUAAACUGCUCGAGUUGAGUCGAGACUCUAAACUGCUCGAGUCGAGUCGAGUCUCUAAACUGCUCGAGUCGAGUCGAGUCUCUAAACUGCUCCGAGUUGAGUCGAGUCUCUGAACUGCUCCGAGUUGAGUCGAGUCUCUAAACUGCUCGAGUCGAGUCGAGUCUCUAAACUGCUCCGAGUUGAGUCGAGACUCUAAACUGCUCGAGUCGAGUCGAGUCAAGUCUCUAAACUGCUUGAGUCGAGUCACCAAUCUGGCUCGAGUCACUUCAAGUCAUUAGUUCUGACAGUUCAAAGAUAUCUUGAUUUAAUCAGAUUAGUUUUACAGAAGAUUAGCAAUCUAUGCAUAAAAUAAAAAACUGUUAAAAAUACAAAAUUAGGAUGCACAAUAAUGUGGUGAUACUUGCCCCACUUAUUUUCACCAUUAAAAGUCCACGGUUUCUGCUUUGUUUUCAUCUUUCCGUUUUAGUGAAUUUGAUUCCUUGAUCUAUUUAUAAGCACAUUUUGCCACUGUAUAAAGGCCCCUUUCUCUGUGCUCAAUUGGGUUGGGUGUUUAGUAAUGAAUGAUAUCACAAAACAAAGAACUUAUCUAAUAUUUUCUCACUUCUCAACACUGACUUACCUUUCAAGCUUUCACUUGGCAAAAUUUUACUUAUUAGAAACGUUUUCCAUACAUUCAUUACCUUUAUUUGUGUGCUAACAAAACCUGAAAAAUAACUCCUAAUCAGUGUUUUUUUCUGCUGUGUUUUUUAAUUUGCCCUGGCAUUUUUAUUUUAUUCUUUUUAAAUAUUGAUAUCGACUUCUUGAAAAAUACCGCUGUUGCAUUGUGCGUUUUUAAUUAAGUCUCAUUUUAGCCGUUGAAAAAAACGAAAAACCUACCAGUAUAAAUUAGUGGCAGUUACCGGUGCUAUGUUUUGAAUGCAGUUUAUUCAUAUUGUCGCUUUACAGUGCUGGCAGGAUGCAGCCUGCUUGUUUCUCUCCCGGUCGACUGUAUAAUUAUUAAAAGCGAACUCCACCACCGCAGGUACUUUUAGUGUACUCUCCAUGUUAUUGUUGUUUUGUUUUUUUCGUGUCUGUGACAAAACUCAAAAAUGACUAUUUUCCUCAGGAUUUUCUAUGAUCAGUGAUCAAAAAUCUGUCUUUGCUUCCCGCCUACACAUUUUGAUUCCGGCGCUCCCUGCUGCUUGUGAUGAUCACAGAACGGCGCUAUAGGCUACAAAGGUGUUUUCUAUUUCAUUAGCAAUGGUCUUAACAACCAUGGCAGGAGCCUGUUUAUGUGCAAAAUGACAAGAUGACUGCAUAUGUUAGAGAGGAGCUGCAUGUAUUGAAAAUGAAAUCAGUUUGUUAUUGAUUUUAUCAUAAAGACAAUGGCUCAAGUCAGAUUGAGACUUUUUUUGCGUGACUUGAGUCGAGUCAUGUCUUUUGCACACGGACUCGACUCGAUUCCGAGUCGAGUCAAGUCAUUGACUCGAGUUAUUACAACUCUGCCUUCUGGUUACAAGCCCUGGAUUUUAACCACUGGACCACACUGCCUCCUCCCAAGUUAGUGUUCAUGCAAAAAUUGAUAAUGUUUUGUUAUGUUGCAUUUGAAGCCAGCGCUUCUUUUUCAACUGCUUCAACAUAGUAGUUGGCUUAUGCAUGGUUUUUAUUCAAUGUCAAGAUCAUAACCGCUUGUAUGAGUAUGGCCAGAGUGGUGAUUAUGGGGUAUUUGGGUGCUGGUCCUGCCUGUUAAGGGGACAAGAAGUAAUGGCCCUCUGAAAGAGGAACUGAUCUGGCAAUGCCAGGUCACUAGGGUGGAACGUGACAAAGCCACGCAGGUAAUGGUUAUAAACAGCAAGCACAAAACAACAGGGUGUAGCAGAAAACUACCUGCCGCUCCCGCCUCCACCGCUAGAGGGAGAAGUCCCGCUGUCUCCAGUGCUAGAAGGAGAAGCCCCGCUGUCUCCAGUGCUAGAGGGAGAAGUCACGCUGUCUCCAGUGCUAGAAGGAGAAGCCCCGCUGUCUCCAGUGCUAGAGGGAGAAGCCCCGCUGUCUCCAGCACGAGAGGGAGAAGCCCCGUUGUCUCCAGUGCUAGAUGGAGAAGCCCUGCUGUCUCCAGCACGAGAGGGAGAAGCCCCGCUGUCUCCAGCACGAGAGGGAGAAGCCUCGCUGUCUCCAGUGCUAGAGGGAGAAGCCCCGCUGUCUCCAGCGCGAGAGGGAGAAGCCCCGCUGUCUCCAGUGCUAGAGGGAGAAGUCCCACUGUCUCCAGCGCGAGAGGGAGAAGCCCCGCUGUCUCCAGUGCUAGAGGGAGAAGCCCCGCUGUCUCCAGUACGAGAGGGAGAAGCCCCGCUGUCUCCAGCGUGAGAGGGAGAAGCCCCGCUGUCUCCAGUGCUAGAGGGAGAAGCCCCGCUGUCUCCAGCGCGAGAGGGAGAAGCCCCGCUGUCUCCAGUGCUAGAGGGAGAAGUCCCGCUGUCUCCAGCACGAGAGGGAGAAGCCCCGCUCUCUCCACCGCUAGAGGGAGAAGCCCCGCUGUCUCCAGCGCAAGAGUGAUAAAGCCAGUUGCAUGUUCGCGUCUGGAGUGCCCAGCGCCACCUCCCGAAGGACUCCCAUCACCUCCCGAGGGUCCGUCGCUGCUGCCGUCGCCUCCCGAGGGUCCGCCGCUGUUGCUGUCACCUCCCGAGGGUCCAUCGCUGCCGUUGUUUCCCGAGGGUCCACCACAAGCCGCUAUAGACAGAACUUUAUUAUCUUAUCAAUGUCAUACACAAAGCAUUACAUAAUGUAAAUGCAAUAUAUGAUACAAUAGUUGCUAUUUUAAAGAAAUACUAAUCUAGUUAAAUAAAGGGAUGGAAACAAGAUGAAUACAAUUUCAAAUGAGAGCUGUUUUUUUACUGUAUGUCCAUGCGUAUAUAGAAAGUAAGACCUUCCUAGCCUGAACUGCAAAUAUGAAAUAUGUGCUGAGUGUGCCCUCUAGUUGGGGACUAUAUUACCAGAAACUCUAGUGGCCAAGUUGCAUUACUAUUUUUUACAGUUUUUGUGUGAUCAUCGCUUCCCAAAUUGAGUGGAAUUGAUUCAUCAAGGGCAAUGUGUGAAGUGUGAUGUUCUGCUGCAGGUAGGUGGGAGGUUUUGGCUGUGCAAGUUAUUGAUUAAUUUGUAAAUACUUACUAGUCUAAAACAUUGUAAGCAGUCAAUCUGUAUUUUCACCAGGUCUGCAUCUUCAGCUUUAAUGGCUGGUUUUAAGGAUGCCACCAGGAGCAGCAAGAAUUGCUUGAUUGGGUUUUCAGCGUCCACAGAGUAGACAGGACCUUGGUUUAACGUCUUUCAACACAGUUCCCGGAACACCAAUGCUGCUUUAGCUCUUGAGUGUCCUCUACUCAGGCAACAACUGAGGCAACUUUCAGCAGCAAUGCAGGUCAUGUGAACGUCCUCCGAUCUCACAAGCCUAAAGCCAGAAUCUCUUUUACGCAGAGCAAUCCAGAGCAGAGGUGGGCGGCUACCAAUCCCGGAGAACAGAGAUCAGCCCUGCUUUUUAUCCACUCUGAAUGUGCUCCGUGUCUGGCCAGUAGGGGUCGCUGCUGCGCGACAAGGAGAAGCAAUCCCUGCCGGUUUCCCAUCCCCACCCUUGGAGCAACAGAGCCAAUGUGAUGCCCCCUCCAUUGUCCAAGCUGUAUGACUCGUCCUGCACUCCCAGCAGCAGUGCUUUAACUGGAUGAGCCACUCGGGGACCCAUUGAGUAUAAUAGUUAAUUCACCAUUGCAUAUGUCACAUCAGUGAUACAGGUCACAUUGAUAAGAGUACCUAAUUAAUAAUACAUAAAUUGUGUUUAAUUUAACAUUAUUUAAUAAAAGUGUAUGGCAAUACAUUUCUUAAAACUAUUUUCAAGACAGGACUAACUUCAGUGAGUUUAACACGUAAAAACAAAUCUAAUUGUAUGUGUUUAAUUAUUUAAAUUAACUGUAACUGACUAUGGGCGCUCUUCAUAUCACUUUAAGGACUGUUUUCAACAGACUGUUACUCUAAAACACUUAAAAAGGGUUUCAUGAACUGUAAACUCCAUUUCACUAAUGAAAACAGGAUUUUAAAAAAAAAUUGAAAAAAAGAAACAGCCCUUUUACAAAACAUUAAUUAAAACAACCCUUAAAAUUGAAUGAAUCUGGCCCUUUAAAACAUAGCAUAUGUCAAGUUGUAUGAACUGGAUCAGUAAGUUUAACAAUUAUAUACACUGAAUUAAACAAGACAGAAAAUGAGCAUACAUUUGUCCACAACCCACCAUUAGCAGGAUCAAACAGGUCUUCAGCUAGUCACUAAGCUUAUUUGUUAUGAACUGCUGUACAAGAAGCUGGUGUUUCAGUUCAAAUCUAUAACACACUCCCUGGUCAUUACAAAACCAACACAUGUGUCAAUGAUACUUACAUGAGAUGUAACUAUGUAUAAGCGUACUGCUGCUAUAUGGAAAACAAACAGUUGAUGGCACUGUUACACCCCUUAUGUUUUUUUCACUUGCAUGGCAGUUACAAAUGCAAUUGGGUUUUACUGGCUUUUUCUUUAAAAUAUGAUCAACACUAAUAUAAAUACAUAAAUAAAGCAUCUACCAAUGUACCAGUAUUGAAUAUAAUGGUUUACAAUGCUGCUCAAUACAAAAUAUGUAUGCCUUCAGCAAUAUGCAGCUUCUGAAUUCUCUCAGCUCAGGUUAAGCAUUGAGUUAUAGUGGUGGUUAGGGGAGAGUCGGGGGAGGGGUGGUUAUGUGUUGUUGCUGCACAGACAAUAGCUCCCCAUGAGAGCACUCCAAUGUUUCCAAUGCUCAAGUAUUAAAACACAUAUAGAUCACACUGCAUGAUAAUUCAAUAUAUAACACUGCUUACAGUAUGUUGAAAGUCCAUUUUGAUUUGACCCUUUCUACAUUACAACAGUAUAUUAAACAUCUCUGUAUACCGUAUAAAAUAUGCCUUACAUAAAUAAUAAUUUAAUAGAACAUUUCAGAUCUCAACAUUUUCAUAUCUCAACAUUUCAUAAUUCCUUUUCUUUGAAAUGACAUGAUUGUUUUUGAAUUUUCUGGACUUAUCAUGUACUUUGUAGUAGGUGUAUUUGCAUUGUGCUGUUUGUUUGUUAUUGUCUGAUGCUUGCUCUAAAGAAAUACAUCUUUUUAUCCCUUUGAAGAACUGAAAAAGAAUGAAUCAGCCACCGCCCCCACCUCUCCUCCUUGGCUGAUAUCAGGAUAUUGUGAGGCAUUACCUCGGAAAGUCCUGUCUGAGUAGGUGGAAGAUUUGUUUUGCCGCCCCAACACCUCAGUCCUGUAACAACGGGGAAACAACCCCACCACUGACUCUGUUGAAAGGUGGGGAUUCAUUUAAAACAGCAGUUAUGCCCCACAGGUUGGUGAGUUUCUUCUAUUUGAUUCCCCUACUCUUUGCGAGGUGGGAGGGUUAAGGGUUUACUUUGACUGCUGUAUACCACAGAAUCAGUUCCACAUUGGUAAGACUGUCAAAUGUUUGGGGUUUUUUUCUGCUGCCAAAAGGCAUAUAUUUUAUUUGUUUUGGUACACCUGUCCACUCUGUUUGUCAGUAUCUGUGUAAAUAAAUCAUUGAUUAUCAGUGUGUAGUAAAGAUGGUAAUUUAUAUCAUCUGCAUUUUCAGAAUAUAUUUCUUACCAGUGUAUUAUUUUACUAUAUAUGUUUUGUGUAGUUCUCUUUUGUCGUUUCUGUUGAGAUCAUUUUUACCAGACUUAUUAAAUAAUGUUCUUUUUCACCAAAGACUCUCACCUCAUCUGUGACAUCACCUACUUCUGUUCAAAUUAUUCAUUUCUUAAAGGCACAGUGCUCCAUUACAUUGAACUUUGAUCAAAAACUCGAGGCUAGCAAAUGUAAACAAAUUCAAAUACUAAUAAAGAACGUAUGAAUGUUUUAACCACUUUAAAGAUAUUAACGUUUAGUUUUUAACAUUUGGUUACUCUGGUGAGGUACUUCAACAUGUUGGCCUACACAGGAACAUUACAUGAAGCCCAAAUUCUCGGCAUGAAAGAACAAGCCCACCGUUCCAGUACAAGGAAGCACUUUUUGGCUAUACCGUGUCAUUUAAAAUUUUUUUAAAAAUCUGCAAUCAACUUUCUUUUUUUCACGGCACUGGAUAGCAUUUCAUUCGACUUCUUAUUGUAUAAUAUGUACUUACUGAUCCUGGCGACAGUGUUACGUUGGUUUUUGGAUGUUCUAUUCACCACAUUUUUUUUUUUAUCAGCAUUUUAAU